UCUCGCGUGGGGACAAAAUAUUUCACACAACUAAGCGAUUAUAAUUAAGUUAUCACGCUGUAAACGACGUCCAGUUACCUAUUCUAAGAUAUAAGUGUUUUUUAAAGAUGUAAUGCAUUAUUUAACCGAGUAAUUGUACACAUUGUUACACCUUACUGUUGGGAUGGUUAUAUAUAUGUACACAAAUACUAAUGUUUGUUGCAGGGUGUAGAUACUUUACAAGCAAUGGUGGUUUAGUAAGAACGGUGCUUAUAGCAGAUAAGAAGGAAUUGCCAACUUGCAUUUGGGUUAUGACAGAACAUUCAACAGCAAGAAGUUUCACUGUGAGCUGUUUACUCAACUUGGCCGACGAAAAAGCGACUUACGCUCCGGGAUUGAAUUGUAAAUGGCCGGCGAUGGAAACUGAAAGUCCCGAUCUUACGUGCUCAGAAACUAACGGUGAAAACACUGCUGUAUUUCGACCGAGCUGCGAUAUAGCAAAGGAUUCGAGUGCUGAAAAUACGGAUCAUUACACCCCGAGGGUUCAUUCUAGUUUUCCUAUGCACCAAUCCCAAACUGAAACAUUGCCCCAAUGUGUACGAGCAAAGCAGCACAGCUGGGGAACGGAAACAAAAGCGCAUGAUCGCGGGAACUGGAACCCUGCUUUCCCGUCAUGUGCUUACGCGAGGCCUGAGUACACUGAACAUUGUACCCCGUGCACGGACGAUCCUACGGAACUAUCCAUGGCUUGCGAGAAUCCUAAACCUGAAGUCAAGCGGUUGGAAAGACUGGACAAGGCUUGCGAGCAGGCGCGGGAAAAUUCAAUCAACACAACUGAAGAGAGAAGCAGUUGGCAUGAUCCACAUACAUCAAGUUUACAUACAGAGUCGGCAUCUCAUGAGAGCUCGCCACCUUCAAAUGGAAGUCCCUCUGCUGUCAAAGACACCACGGAAUCUAAGGCAUGUCCCGACUAUGACGUAUUACCAUAUCAAAAUAUGACGAACAACAACAAAGGCGAUCAUGACGUUUUCAAUCCCUUUAUGACGUCACACGGCCACCACACCGAUGACGCAAGCGGACAUGGGGGAGUCUCGGUUCCGAGGAAAAAACAAAGACGGACACGCACGACCUUUAACAGCGGACAGCUGGCAGCUCUGGAGCGAGUUUUUGAACGAACACAUUAUCCUGACGCGUUUGUGAGAGAGGAACUUGCGCGACGGGUCGGGCUGAGUGAGGCCAGGGUUCAGGUUUGGUUCCAAAAUCGAAGAGCAAAGUUUCGACGAGCAGAACGCUCACUUCUGACGUCACGCAUGGCGAUGCGUCAUCCAUUACAUCAUCAUGUGACGUCACAAGAUAACUCGGCGUGUUUGUCUUCGUCAGUUUGCAGAACUCAACCAAUCCUUCCAUCCAUCAGCGACAACAUGCUGACCAGACACAACUCGUUGCUGGCCCAAGGUUCGAAUCCCCUGUGCGACCCUCAAAUACCAAUGGUGCCUCCAAACCACUUUUUCCAAUGGUCGGCACCACCAAUGAAACCAUUUCCAUGUUCCGGUGGCCAACCUGUUGUUAACGUCGAACACGGAAAUUACGUAGGAGAUACUUUCUCCCAACUUAAGAUGCAAGGUAUGACGUUUCAAAGAGGAUUCUUACAAUGAAUAAUACAACAGAAGUGUUUGUGACGCGUAUAAAGAUUCGUAGCUGCCUAUUGAAUCAUCUCAGAACGUACAUUCAUGGGUGUAGUUGAUGCCUUAUUAUUAUUUUUUCAGUUAGUUCCGCUUUUAAAAAUUGUGUUUGUUUUCUGAAAGUUCACGUAGCCUUGCGAUUUCUGUGUACCUUUUGGGUAACUCUGUUUUGUCUAUUUUAUUUUGCCUAUUUACCGUCUGUAUUACUCGCUGCUAGUUCAUGAAUAAAGUCGCCAAGUCAGCUGCA